CUGGAUACAUUUUUUUAAAAGCCAAACUGCAAACAACUCUGGCGACGCCAAAAUUCCCCUCCAAGUGACACGGCUUUGCGAAGGAGGUUUCCUCAGGCUGGGCUCUCUUAAUUCGCUCUGCCUUCAUCAGCGACGAUUAAAGGCUUUGCUCUGGCAGUAGGAAUUUAGAAAAAAAGAAAAAGCUGCGCUAAACUCUAUCGUGACCUCGAACUCUUCGGACUGGUUUAAAAAAAAUAUAUUGAAAGAGAAACCAUCCUGAAAGAGAUUCAGCAUAGGAGGAGAUGGAAGUUUUCCCCUUGCUCUUGGUUUUGUCUGUGUGGUGGUCUCGAACCUGGGACUUGGCGAAUGCGGAUUCAAUCAUUCACAUCGGAGCAAUUUUUGAUGAAUCUGCCAAAAAGGAUGAUGAGGUGUUUCGUACAGCAGUUGGUGACCUCAACCAGAAUGAGGAGAUUUUACAGACUGAGAAAAUCACAUUUUCGGUGACAUUUGUUGAUGGAAGCAACCCUUUUCAAGCAGUUCAAGAAGCCUGUGAACUUAUGAAUCAAGGCAUCUUGGCCCUGGUCAGCUCCAUUGGCUGCACGUCAGCAGGGUCCCUACAGUCUCUGGCAGAUGCCAUGCAUAUCCCCCACCUCUUCAUACAGCGCUCAACAGCUGGGACCCCAAGGAGUGGCUGUGGACUCACCCGGAGCAACAGGAAUGAUGACUACACUCUCUCUGUUCGCCCACCUGUCUACUUAAAUGAUGUUAUCCUGAGAGUGGUCACAGAAUAUGCCUGGCAGAAAUUCAUUAUAUUCUAUGAUAGUGAAUACGAUAUCCGUGGAAUACAGGAGUUUUUGGACAAGGUGUCUCAGCAGGGAAUGGAUGUUGCAUUGCAGAAGGUAGAAAACAACAUCAGUAAAAUGAUCACCACUCUCUUUGACACCUUGAGAAUAGAGGAAUUGAAUCGCUAUCGAGACACUCUUAGGCGAGCCAUCCUUGUUAUGAAUCCUGCUACAGCCAAAUCUUUCAUCACUGAGGUUGUGGAGACUAAUUUGGUUGCUUUUGACUGUCACUGGAUCAUUAUAAAUGAGGAAAUAAAUGAUGUGGAUGUUCAGGAACUUGUAAGAAGGUCAAUUGGAAGGUUAACAAUCAUCCGGCAGACAUUUCCAGUCCCCCAGAACAUAAGUCAGCGAUGUUUCCGUGGCAACCAUCGAAUAUCUUCAACAUUGUGUGAUCCAAAGGAUCCAUUUGCUCAGAAUAUGGAGAUUUCAAACCUUUACAUAUAUGACACAGUGCUUUUGCUUGCUAAUGCUUUUCAUAAAAAACUGGAGGACCGAAAAUGGCACAGCAUGGCCAGUUUGUCGUGUAUCAGAAAGAACUCCAAGCCUUGGCAGGGAGGGCGUUCCAUGCUGGAGACCAUCAAGAAGGGUGGAGUCAGUGGGUUGACUGGAGAACUAGAAUUUGGAGAGAAUGGAGGAAAUCCCAAUGUCCACUUUGAAAUUCUUGGAACCAACUAUGGAGAAGAGCUUGGCCGAGGUGUUCGCAAGCUUGGGUGCUGGAAUCCUGUCACGGGGCUGAAUGGAUCACUGACUGACAAGAAACUAGAGAAUAACAUGCGUGGAGUGGUUCUACGUGUGGUGACUGUUCUGGAAGAACCUUUUGUAAUGGUCUCUGAAAAUGUCUUGGGUAAGCCGAAGAAGUACCAGGGCUUCUCCAUUGAUGUUUUGGAUGCCUUAUCUAACUACCUGGGUUUUAACUAUGAAAUUUAUGUUGCACCGGAUCACAAGUAUGGAAGCCCACAAGAAGAUGGGACAUGGAAUGGCUUGGUAGGAGAACUAGUCUUUAAGAGAGCCGACAUAGGGAUUUCUGCUUUAACCAUCACCCCAGAUCGUGAGAAUGUGGUGGACUUUACAACACGCUAUAUGGACUACUCAGUGGGAGUACUACUGAGAAGGGCUGAAAAGACAGUGGACAUGUUUGCCUGUCUUGCACCAUUUGAUCUCUCUCUCUGGGCUUGCAUCGCUGGCACUGUUCUUCUGGUGGGUCUUCUGGUCUACCUCCUGAAUUGGCUUAAUCCCCCACGAUUACAAAUGGGAUCAAUGACUUCUACUACUCUCUACAACUCCAUGUGGUUUGUGUAUGGAUCCUUUGUACAACAAGGUGGAGAGGUCCCAUACACGACUCUGGCUACUCGAAUGAUGAUGGGGGCUUGGUGGUUAUUUGCAUUGAUUGUCAUCUCAUCUUACACAGCAAAUCUUGCUGCUUUCCUCACUAUUACCCGCAUUGAAAGCUCCAUCCAAUCUCUCCAGGACCUUUCCAAGCAAACAGACAUCCCUUACGGCACAGUACUGGAUUCUGCAGUAUACGAACAUGUCCGCAUGAAGGGAAUGAAUCCUUUUGAAAGGGACAGCAUGUAUUCCCAAAUGUGGCGGAUGAUCAACAGAAGCAAUGGAUCAGAGAAUAACGUUCUGGAAUCCCAAGCAGGCAUUCAAAAGGUAAAAUAUGGAAAUUAUGCUUUUGUAUGGGACGCAGCCGUAUUGGAAUAUGUGGCUAUCAAUGACCCGGAUUGUUCAUUUUACACCAUUGGGAACACUGUUGCUGAUCGGGGAUAUGGAAUUGCACUGCAACAUGGAAGUCCUUACAGGGAUGUUUUUUCACAAAGGAUCCUGGAGCUUCAGCAGAAUGGUGACAUGGACAUCCUGAAGCACAAAUGGUGGCCAAAGAAUGGCCAGUGUGACCUGUACUCCUCAGUGGACACAAAGCAGAAAGGAGGUGCCCUGGAUAUAAAGAGCUUUGCAGGAGUCUUUUGUAUCCUGGCGGCUGGAAUUGUCCUCUCCUGCUUUAUAGCCAUGCUGGAGACGUGGUGGAACAAGAGGAAAGGCUCCCGGGUCCCAUCGAAAGAGGAUGACAAGGAAAUUGACCUGGAGCACCUCCAUAGACGUGUAAAUAGCUUGUGCACAGAUGACGACAGCCCCCAUAAACAGUUUUCCACCUCGUCAAUUGACUUGACCCCUCUGGACAUUGACACUUUGCCAACACGACAAGCACUGGAGCAAAUCAGUGAUUUCAGGAACACUCAUAUCACCACAACAACCUUUAUCCCAGAGCAGAUCCAGACUCUUAGCCGCACACUGUCAGCUAAAGCUGCCUCUGGUUUCGCUUUUGGCAACGUGCCUGAGCACCGAACUGGCCCAUUUAGGCACAGGGCACCUAAUGGGGGCUUUUUCAGGAGUCCUAUAAAAACAAUGUCAUCUAUUCCUUAUCAACCAACUCCUACCCUGGGGCUCAAUCUGGGUAAUGAUCCAGACCGAGGCACCUCCAUAUGAGCAUCCAACAAAAUCUCUUCACUGUUUCUUUUGUAGGACUCCCUCUGCAAGGAGCAACUAUAAAAUUGUGGGACUAACAUGGAUGUAACACUUAAAAAAAAAAAUCAGGAUUAUUAGUAACAAUUAUAGUUCUUUCUCUCCACCUUCUCCCUCUUCUCUCUCU